CGUACAUAUCCGUGUGUCCAUCUAAUUCGAAAUUCAAAUCUUUCGCGAACCCCACUACCUCACCUCAUCUCACCUUACCAUCUGGCCUCUGCUCGCCAGCGACCCCAAACUCGUGCGAACCCUCAGUCGGUCAAAUCACAUACAAUCACUUGGUCAAAACCCAUCUUUGUCCCGAGAGAUCAGAACCGCGCAAGACCGUCGCACUGCGUUCACACAUGUUGAACUGAGUGCUCGAGCUUCACGAACCUAAAACUCCGACGGAGAGCUCUACUGCCAGCAUGGUCUCUGAAUAUAAGCUCCUUGAGAUAUGUGACAAGAUACAGGCGAACAAGAUCAACGAGCGAUUAGGCGGCCUCAAUGAGCUCAAGCAACUCUUCUCACGGGAGCAGACUCCCAAAAACCUCAACGACAAAGCAUUCCACCGACUACUGGAGGCCAUCUUCCGUGCCACGAUCAUCGAGCGGACCCUCUACAUCAAGCAGUCCAAGACAGCUCGAGGAGCGUCGGGAACUCGUCUGACGCUAUGCGGGUCCGUCCUGCGGUCGACGGUCGAACUGGGCCGCGAGCAGUUCAAGGUCAAAACUGUGCGCGCGGUCUAUCGGCAUAUCAUGGAUACUCUGCCGGCGAAUGAGGAACUCUGCGAGCCGAUUAGCAUAGACUACACCAAGUCUCUGCGGAUGAUACUUCAGUAUGCGCCGCAUACGGAGCAUCUGAUGGCUGAAGCAUGGGAGGCUCUGGCUAAAUAUUGCUGUGAUCACGUCAAUAAACAGCUGGGCAUAGUGGAAGAGGCGGAUGGAGAGGAGGAGGAGGAGGAAGACGAAGCACGAGAGUUGGAAGUCCGGAGCUCGCGACGAGGCUCACGAGCUUCCGUGCCACGUGACUCACUGACAUCAUCCUCAGGCAGGAGAAAUCCCGCGGCACAAGCGUUUGAGUCCACCGGCCGGCUUCCUAUGGCUUUCACAGCCAGACUCACCCACGUGAGCGAGGAGCUGUUGAUGUGUCUUCAAUACCUGCUCUCAGCACCCAAUGCACCGAUACUUCCCAAUGUGCAAAUGCUCUCCACUACACUGCUUGGGUUUCUGAAGUCGCAACAGACAUCGACCCGCGCACAUCAACACGUAUUCUCGUCGAUAAACCACGUGUUGAACGUUGUCACCGCGAAUGAUCUGGGGAUAACAACCAAGAUAUGCAACGACAUCGUCCCUAUCAUCAGUCGGCUAUGGGAUACCAAGUCACCGGGUCUGCGGGAUGAAAUGAUCGUUACAUUCAUGCACUGUCAACCUCAUAUCAGAGUAGAGAUCCGCGUCACUCCGAAAGAAAACCCUCUCAGGGUCGCUGUCGAAAAUCUCUUCGAGUCCCUCUGCAGCGAGUACAUCGCUCGGUCCGAUCGUGAAAUCUUACAGCUUGACUAUGUGGUCUUUCCCUCACCGGCCAGCGCAUCCCAUAGUACCAGCCCGCUCCGUCUGCGGGCUGUCGCACUGACCAACAUCGACCAUGAUCCACGCUUAGAGCAGACCUGGAUGGUACCAAGUCUCAUCGCCACGAUGGUGGAGAUGCUUGAUAUCUCGGGCAGUACGAGUAAAAAGACUGCCGACGGAGCCCCAAAGAGGCAAAGGAUUUACGACCGCUCCGCGGAGAUGAUGAGAUACGUGCGCUCCAUGAAUGCACCGCGGAAGUUCUUGGCCUUGCAGGUGAUGUCGUUCCUGGCAGAUAUCAAUGGUAUCGACGAGGAGGAGUUUCCGUCAAUCAUACAGGAUCUAAACGGAGCUUGCUCGGACGACAAUCCCCUCAUCAUCGCUUGGGCUUUGAUUGCGAUCGGCAGUUGUGCCUUCCUGAGAUGCGCACCGGAAGAGGUAUACGCGCCGACCUGGCUUCAGGUAUGGCGGCUAUGUGCUCGCCAUGCGACAAACCAAUCCACCUGUCGAGUUGCAUGCCAUAUCAUGCGGAUCUUGAUCAGCCGGGAGUUGAUUGCAUAUCCCAGCAUCUUGAAGGACGUGGACAACACGCUGCAAGCGAUAGAUAUUAGUGGGCCGGCGAUUCUUUGCGAUUCGGCGUUGGCCCUGUGGUCGUUGAUCCUCGAGAAGCGGAACUCAACUGUGCACACUGCCCAGUACCAUGCAGGGGAGCGGCUGUUCCAGUGGUUCUGCUCGAAGUGGCGACCAGCUCAGGAAGGCCUGGACAAGAGUGGUGCUAUUGUAUAUUCUCAGAAUACCGCGGCAGUGAAUGUCAUCAACUUUUUGUUGGUUUGCUGUGGCCUCGAUCCUCUGAAAAUCGAUCCAUACCCAAUCCAAAUCUGUGGUCCUAUCGGCCAAGCUUGCAUCCGGAUCGCUCGAUAUCGCGGGCUCCACAAUAUGCUCCUGCAUGUCGAAGAGAGCACCGACGAUGCACAAUUGGAAGGCUCCAGUUUCGGCCCCGGCAGCGCCGGCAAGCCGCAUACCGACCUGCAAAAGCAGAUGAUCGCAUUUCUGCUCCGGCAGAUGGAGACGGUCGGCGACAAAUGGGCCGAGAUCUGCAGUCAAAAGCAGGGCGUCAACAGUGUCGUCAUGCAGAACUUCGUUGGUACCAUCCUUACGGCUAGUAUUCUUUGCGCGAAGCUCUCGUACUCCAGCAGUGUUCUGGAAGAGAAAUUGCGCGAAUCAGUGUAUGUCAGUUUAGGCGACUAUCUGGUCAGCGACGAGUGCUCGCUGAAGCAGAUUGAUGGAUUGCUCUUCGAGAUUCAAGCCUUGCUCCCAAAAGCUUCGCGGAUGGUCGGGUCGCCUGGUAGAUUCGAGCACAAUCUCGAGGGCGUCACGGCAAGCCUAAUUGUUCAGAUUUCCGACGUACUCGAAGGCAAGGAGAAAGCAGCAAUUUCGUUUCGAGAUUCGGGCGAGAAGGAUGCAAUGGACAUCGAUCAUGACGACUUCGGCUUCCCUAGUGGUCGGAUGGAGGAAGAGAAGAAGAUUGGAUUGCUUCGGGAAGACGUGGAGGCAGCAUGCUCGGAGGAAUCGUUCAGGUCCACAACGUCGGCGCAACUUGCACUUUGCUCGAUGUUGCUCAAGAAUCCGGAACAGCCGGAAGAAGUGUGUGGCCAGUUCGCUUCCUACCUCAAGGAGAUCCCGACACACAAACUGGUCAUGAUACGCUCCUUCGUCAGAGAUUUCGUGUUUGCGGCGAGUGACGUGCUACGCGACAACGACGCGGCUAAUAUCUGCGAACAUAUCGCGCACGAGCUUCUCGCACCGUACCUUCUGGAGAGGUGUGAGAUCAGUUCACUACUCACAAUGGACAUCAUAACUGCGCUGGCAAAUAAGUGGAGCGUCGGCAGUGGACCGGCGGAUAUCACCGAGACUUGCGAACAAGUCUACGAUCAUGUCAUCAAGACAGGGCUGGACAAGAAGGUCACUUCGCAUGCGAUACGAAUCGGCAUCGCGGAUCUUCUGGAGCGGAUUCUGCAUGUUAAUCCGAACUUUGGGAAAGAUGAUCCACAGCCUCCUUUGGAGUUGUUUAUCGGCCUUCUCAAGGAUUCGGACAGUCGCGUCAUCUACUUUGUGUCGCAGAAGCUACAUACCCUGUUUAAGAUCUUUGGCGAGUCCGCUCAUUUGAAGCUUACCGAAGAUAUCGAGGCGGCACUCCCUUCAGCCAAGGACUGGGUCGAAGGCUUGGCUAUUCGAGUAUAUGCUCUGGGGCUUGUGGGGCUGGUCAGCUUGUCAAACAUAUCGCGGAUCGUUUACAGGAUCUUCGAGACCGGACAACUGCCGCAAGCCUCGCUUUAUGCAGCAAAUUCAUUGCUGACCAUUGCCAAAGCUUUCGGAUUUGAAUCCCAACGCCAACUGUUCAAACUGUUUAGCGUUCAAUUGCUUUAUACCUGGACGGAGCACUACGAACUCGAUAAUUUUCCAUCCGAGGUCUUUGGGUAUGGAUCUCUAACAGAGAUGUGCGAGGAUGUUCCCGAUGAACUCAUCGCUCAGUUGUUGGUGAGGGACCGCGAUGAACAGGCCGAGGCAGUGGCGCAGCGAAAUGGGAAGUCGCUGAGUGAGUUGUUGGUCCCGUCUUUUGCCAAAGUCGUUGCGUACUGCAUGGCGUGGGCUGUACGUUAUCCGCCUCAAGCACCAGCGGAGGGAGAAGCACCAAGGCCGCCUCUGAUCGCUCGGAUACGGGCUAUACUGGGUGAUGGACAGUACCGUACGCUUUUCAUCACCCAGUUUCCACUUAUCAUCUCAAACCUAUACGAGCUGAUGCAGGAGGAUGGAACCUCGGAGAAACUCUUGUCCAGGGAUGUAAAACUGGCCAAUGUUGCCGCGGCCAUGAAGGACCUCAUUGCUGAGGGCUAUUCGGAAAGGAAGUUGGCCCAUCAGCUUCCACCACGAUUUAGUACUCGCGUCAUCCUCAAUACCAUUCCUCAUGCCUGCGAUAUCUGUGGUAUCAACGACAGUAACGAGCUCUGGCACGCCUCUAUGGUAACCUAUAUAGCGCGGAGGCUUUUCGAUACAUUGCAUCCAGCCCGCGGGCCUGUGCAUGCCUGUGGCGUCCUUCGGAACAUCAGAUUGUUGGUCUGCCUAGCGGGAAAUACGGCUCACGAAGGAUACCAGCUUCAGAUGCUGAUUCAUGGACUGAAAACUUACAUCGUGGAUAUCGCCUGCGCAGAGGAUGUUGUUGGUAUCAUCCGGUAUCUUUUGAUCAAAGGUAACGGCUAUCUGUCGAAGAAGCCUUCUUUCGUUAUCGCCACCUUCCUUUCCAUAAUGGCAGACAUCAAGGAGUUCAUGCAGAAGAACUUCGACACGCUGGAAGAGCAGACUCGUACUACUCUCUCCGUCGUACGGAAGUUCCGGACAUGGUUCGCAGAUCACCUCUCAACGCUGGUGUUUACCAACCUUGACAUGGAGCAAAAUAGAGCAUUCCAGGCGAUGGUCCACUCGGCAGUGCAGUUCCGCCGCAUCGGAAACGCAGAAAAGGACACCAAGGAGAGCGAGCUCAUCCGGCUACUCCUUGACGACGACAUGGCUGGUGAUGCAAAGCUGAUGGACGAUGCCUCUCGAGAGUUGGCAUUUUCGCUCUUCUGUGGCAACUUCCAGCGGCCCGGAGACUUCAGGGACGACAUAUUCGGCUCCGAUCAGGUUUCGUUCGAUCGGUCGAAAUCUAUGCUGGAAAUUUGCAGACAUUCGUCCGUCGGCGACGGGUUCCUGCUGUGGUCGGCGAGAGUCCUGGGACGUGCUUAUGCUGCCACAGGACAGCUGCAUAAUGAAUGGACGCAUGAGAUGACGUUUGAGGAUCCGAACAAAAACGUUUUGCCGAGGGCUAAUGCCGUCAUCAAAGAUUAUGAUCUGACGGCAAGAAUUGGAAUUUUGCGGAGACUCAGGGACUUGCUUUUCUCGAAUGAUAAAGUGGUUGCUGGAGUGGCGGAACGUGCCCUCUCACAGAUAGUUCGGGAAGAGAGCCACCGUGGAGAAUCCGAUACUUACUUGCACGUCUUGGAGAAUCAUGAAUAUAAAGCUCUCCAGAUCUAUGUGCCCGUUUCGGAAAACUUGACGCCCCAAUCUCUAGCACCGUUCAGGAAGAUCGAGACACCCGUCCCGGUGUGGCUCAAGGAUUUGACAGUGGCCAUGUGCACCAACAUGCGCGAAUCGCCGGUCAUCAACGGCCUAAUCCGAGUUCUCCGGGAAGUGAAAGGAGUAGCGGCAGAGCUGUUUCCCUGCAUCACGCAGGUCCUGCUUGCUCGCGACCAUCUGGCAAAGAAGGGAUUGCGAGAAGAUUUAUCCAGCGUUUUCCGCGAGUGCUUCAAGAACCAUACCGAAAAAACCGUUGCGCACAACACCGUUCUGAUCAAAACCAUUCUCUACCUCAGGUCGCGGCCGAGGGAUGGAGAAACUACGGCUUCCGAUAGAGACUUCUGGUUAGAAGUCGAUUUCCUCGAGGCGGCGAAGGCGGCGUGCGCCUGCAAGAUGUUUAAGACCGCUUUGCUGUUCACGGAGAUUCAUAAUUUUCACACUAAGAUGGACAUUCCUCCGGAGUUGCUACUCGAGAUCUUUCAGAAUGUCGACGAUCCCGAUUCUUUCUAUGGCGUUAACCAGGAAUAUAACCUGAGGACGGUGCUGCAUAACUUUGAGUAUGAGGGCAACGGUUGGAAGAGUUUGUCGCUUCGAGCCGCCAAUCUUGAGAGCGGCAUUCGUCAGGGCCAGAUAGCGGAGCCAGAAACCCUGGGAGUAGUCGAUGCCUUUAACACCCUGGGCAUGAAUGGACUCUCGCACUCGUUCCUCCAGGAAGGAGCCCGCGCAACCACAUCCGCCAGAGCGGUAGAUAACAUCUACCGUUCGGCCUGGAAAUUAGAGCAAUGGGACUUACCAUGUCCUACCGGCUGCAACACCAGAUCCACGCCCAUCUUCCGAGCUCUGCAGUCUCUCAACAACACUGUGGAUGCAAGGCCGACUGCGGAACACACGGAUCCGCACUUCCUGGGAGUCAUGAAGCAAAUGAUCUCCGCUACCCAAACAAACCACACGCUCGGCGAGAAUAUGAGAACACUGGCCAUGUUGACGGAGAUGGAGGAGGUGCUUGCGUCCGCGGACCGGAAGCAACUGACCGAAGCCUGGGAUAGGCAGCAGGGUAGGAGUGCAUGGAUGGAUACUGGAAGGUAUGCGGAAGUCGAAGAGAUGAUGGCAAUGCGACAAGCAACCUUCGGUUCGCUGGCCAAGCGGAUGCACCUACGGAUGCGCUCCGGCACGGACGUCAUAGGCGAGAAGAACGCCAGGAAAAUGGAGGCGAAAACACUGAUUAGUUGCUGCAAGAUGGCACGCAAGCAUGAAAUCCUUCAGCACGCCAUCUCUGCUGCCACGCAACUGGAAAACCUCGUGCAGCCGUGUAAGGAUGCGGGCUUGGACAUCAGUGGGGUAGCUGCUCUCCAGGCGGCCAACGUUCUGUGGCUGGAUGGGCAUGCCGUGGCAUCAAUUCAUAUGCUUUCUGCACUGGAACAAGAUACGAACGCAACUUCGCAGAGUAUUGAGGUCGGUAGGGCCAAACUAUUGGCGAUACUGGGUAGUCGGAUCUCCGAAGCACGGCUCGAGAAGCCUGACAAAAUCAUGAGUCGGUACCUCGAGAAUGCAAUCAUCGAGCUCAACCACAAGGAGACUGGAUCCGAAGCUGGUCGCGUAUUUCACUUGUUUGCAACUUUCUGCGACCAGCAGCUGCAAAACCCAAACAACAUCGAGGACUACGAACGUGCACUCAAGUUGAAACGAGACAAGGAGGGUGAAGUCAACCAGCUGGCCCAGAUGAUGCACUCAUCUGCUAACAAGAACGCGGUCAUCCGCGAGAACGUCAAGGCUAAAUCGUGGUUGGCACUGGACGAGGAGGAGUACUCUCACCUUCGGAACAACCGCGAUGCGUUCCUGGAGAAGAGUGUGGCCAAUUACUUGAAGUGCUUGAUUGCGUGUGACGACUUCGACCACGAUGCCGUCCGAUUCUCAGCACUGUGGCUGGCACACUGGGACGAGGAUAGGGUCAACAGGGUGGCUACGGAUGUCGAAAACGUUCCUACAAGGAAGCUGGUACCGCUGAUCAACCAGCUUUCGUCCCGACUGCAGUCGGAGAAGGGCGCUCAUUCGAUUCAUCCGUUCCAGAGCCUCCUGCUGAGACUCAUCAUUCGGAUGUGCCAACAGCACCCGUACCAUGGAAUCUAUCAAAUUCUUGCGAUCUCAAAGACUCGCACCAAGGAUGAAGCUUCUAUCUCCAGACAGCGAGCUGCACUGCAGGUUACUAAGUACCUUAAGAGCGGCAACACGAAGAAUGCCAUGUAUGCCCUGGAAACUACAACGAAGGUGUACGACAAGCUCGCGCAUGCCACGGGGCCUCAGAAGUUGGCCAAGGGAAGGUCGAUUACGCUCAAGGAUCUGAUUCCAGAUUGCCGGAAGGUGUUUGAGAGGGAUAUCGGAACAUACAAUAUUCCACCACCAACCAUGCACAUCGCGAUCAGGGCGGAUUGCGAUUACUCUUCGCUGCCAAUUAUUACGAGAUUCAAUCCCCUGGUGGUUCUAGCUUCGGGUGUAAGCAUGCCCAAGAUCAUCAAGUGCGAGGCUUCAGAUGGAAAUGUCUUCAAGCAACUGGUCAAAGGUGGUCAGGACGAUUUACGACAAGACGCCAUCAUGGAACAGGUGUUCGAACAAGUCAGUAUUUUGCUACGGAAGUGGCGCAUGACUCGACAGCGCGACCUCAAAAUCCGCUCCUACAUGGUGAUCCCACUCACCGCCACAAGUGGCAUCAUCGAGUUCGUCGCCAACACAAUCCCGCUUCUCGAAUACCUCUUCCCAGCACAUACAAAAUACUUCCCCAAUGCCUGGGCCCCGUCCAAAGCCCGCAAAGUCAUCUCGGACGCCCAGAACCGUUCCAGGACCGAGCGCGUACGGGCAUACCGGCUCGCUGCGGAAAACUUCCCCCCAGUCCUGCACUUCUUCUUUAUGCACGAGUUCGAAGGGCCCGAUCUCUGGUUCGCCUCGCGCCUUGCAUACACGCGCAGCACAGCGGCGAUCUCGAUUCUCGGCCACAUUCUCGGCCUCGGCGAUCGCCACGGCCACAACAUCCUCCUUGACAGGAAGACCGGCGAGGUUAUCCAUAUCGAUCUCGGUGUGGCAUUCGAGCAGGGCCGUGUUUUGCCCGUUCCCGAGGUGGUCCCGUUCCGCCUUACAAGAGACAUUGUCAGCGGCUUUGGGAUCACGGGCACGGAGGGAGUAUUCCGCCGGUGUUGCGAGUACACGCUCGAGGUCCUGCGCAACGAGUCGUACAGCAUUACCACCGUGCUCGACGUGUUGAAGUACGAUCCGCUAUACAGCUGGUCGCUCUCUCCCCUGCGGAUGAAACGGAUCCAGGACCACUCGCUCGAACAGAAGGAGCAGGAACGCCUCGAGGAGGAGGAACACGCCGCAAAAGAGAAGGCGCGCGUAAGGCGCCAGGAUUCGGACGGGAAAGAGGCCGACGAGAAGAAGAAGAAGCUCCAGGCUGAGGCUGAGGCUGAGAGGGCCCUCACGGUCGUCUCGAAGAAACUCUCCAAGACCCUGAGUGUUUCGGCCACGGUUAACGAGUUGAUCCAGCAGGCCGCCGAUGCGAAAAAUCUUGCUGUGCUCUAUUCCGGUUGGGGCGCUUACGCGUGAUCCACGAGGGAGACCUCCCUGAGGGGGUGGGAGUGGAUGAGCUGGAGUAGGGCGUUGGGAGUUUUCUUUGGCUUGGACUUUGUAUUUUUGCGUUUGGGGAUGAAAAUGCGGGAACUGGGGGUGGCGGGCGUUUGUAUCUAAAGUAGGUAGAGGAUUUAUGGGAAACGAAAGGAAAAUGCGGUGAUCAUGUUCUGCGAGGUCUACACAUAGUUAAGGUGAAUAGGAAUUCAGUGUUCUCAGAAUGAAUGAGCGCGAGUGAUAUCGUGGG